AUGAUUAAUAGUGAAUUGAACUAGUUUAGUAAAUAUCAAGGGUUGUCGACCUAUAAACCAAAAACUUAGGAUAGAAUUAUAGAAACUCGGAAUCCAUUGGAUUACUAUUAGUAAAACAAGAUAGACACUUUGAGUUGGGAUCAUUCACUCCUAUAAACCAAAUAACCAAUAAAUAAAGAGUUGGAUCGGAUAAAUAGUCUGGCUGAAACUCUCUUCAUUAGAAGAGAUUAAAAGAAAUAGGAUCACUAGUAAAGUGCAGAGUUCAGUUAAUCUAAGAUUGAAGAUGUGAAGGAGGAUUUUAAAAUGUUGGAGUUGAGAAACAAUCAAAAAGUGUAAGAAUUAGCGAAUAUAAAGAAUGAAUUGCUCGAUAUUUAAUGUGAGUAUAUGAGCAGGUCAUAAUUGAGAUUGCAAUUGAGUGAGUAUGUUGAGAAUAAGAAGAAGUAGGGUGAUGAGGAUUAAGUAUUGAAAUAAUUGAAAAUUUUAUAAAAAUGA